CAGCGACAGGAGGAAGGGGACACACGCACAGAAAGUGAGAGAGAGAGAGAGAGAAGAAAAACUUGGACACUUCAUUGAUUGUUUGCUCCCCCCCCCCCGCCCCCCCAGCCCAACAAUCGAUCCCCAAACGGGACUGAUCAUCGGUGCUGGAGUCAGUGGAGCAUGCGGCUCGGUUCUAUCUUCAGGCUCUAUGCGCUGUGGGCCUUUGUGGAGGUCGCGACCUCCGUGACCAAGCCCGCCAAGAGGAAGGUGGCAGGGCGGAGGUCCAGACAGGUGUUUGAGGCAGAGCCCGUGGAGGGGGUGUGGUCAGUGUGGGCGGAGUGGUCCGAUUGCUCCCAGUCAUGCGGAGUGGGCGUGUCACAGAGAAGCAGGAAUUGUCUCCCGCCUCCACCGACCUCACCCUCCGUCUCCUACUCGUCGCCCAACUGGGGCGGGCAUCUUCCAGGGGGCGUUGGGGGUCCGGUCAUCUCUUCCAUGCGCCCCUACCACCCUUCACGUCAACACCCGCCUCAUAACCAACUACCUAACCCCAACCAGGGGGUGUCACUUUAUCGGAGUACCCCGCCAGGGGGCGACGUGGGGCUGACCAAUCCGUCGUCACCUUUCUAUCAAGCUGAAUACCCCGUGGCCAAUCAGAACCGAGUGUCUGUGUACCGAUCGCCUUACCACGCUCCCUCACGUGCCUACAAUCAACAGCAACGCACCAUCAGGAGGCCCAGCAACCCUGGCGCUUUGAGGGCAGCGGGAGGAGGGAGCAGAAGGUCGGUCAGCACCAGUCGGGAGGGUUUGCCGGUCAGGAGGUCUUCGCCCAUCCGUCCAGGUCAGUUUGGCUACGGAAAAGUCCCCUUCUCCCUGCCUUUGCACCGGCCCAGUCGUCAGGCUCGCCACACUGCUAACGGCACCGCCUCAGCCACGUCAGCACCCAAACUAGCUGCUGGUGAUGAUAAUGACGAGGAGGAAGAGGAGGAUGAAGAGGGCACAACCACCGCCGCCCCCGCCACUACAACGACACCCCAACCACACGUCAGAAGCGAGCAAAGGCGGGUCCGAGUCCCACCCUCUCCUCACUUCCUCACACGUUCCCCUUCUUCAUCAUCAUCAGUCCUUGCCAGUCAUCGCCGCUUCGAUUGGCGCGCUGUCACCGCUCCGCCGCCACCCGCUUCGCCUCACUUGCACCCCAACUCACAGCCGGCUAGCCCCUAUUUCCCCUACUCCUCCCCUCUGCACCGACCCUUGCAUAUGGAAUGGGCGCCUCACCCGGGCUUUGGAGCCCAGGCCCAGCAACCCAGCAACAUGUACCCGCUUCAGCACCCACAUAGACAACACAUGGGGGCAGAGGCAGGUGGCCCAGGUGGGAGAACGCCGCAGAACUACAGAUGCUCCGGUCCUGAGAAGGAAUAUCGCAGGUGCUUCUUGCAGGUGUGUGCCGGAGCCACGCUGGAUUCAAGAGCAGAGCAAUGCGCCGCCUUCAACACCAAAGAGUUUAUGGAUCGUCUCUACGAAUGGGAACCUUUCACUGAGGUCGGUCCAGAGAAACAGUGUGAGUUGACGUGUCGGCCGGCAGGCUAUCGCUUCUACGUUCGCCAGGCCGAGCGGGUGCGAGAUGGCACGCCUUGCUUCAAUGUCACCUCCAACGAUGUCUGCGUCGGAGGACAAUGUCUGACAGAAGGCUGCGACGGCAUCCUGGGCUCCGGCUCUGUGCUUGAUAAAUGCGGCAUUUGCGGUGGGCGGGACUCCUCCUGUCAGAAGGUGACGGGCAGCUUCCAAAAUGUCACCGUUCCCCUUGGCUACCACAAGAUCUUGGACAUCCCGGCCAGGGCGACCUUCAUUAACAUCACAGAGAGACGGGCCAGUCCUAACUACCUGGCCAUGAGGAGCGGAACGGGGGCUUCAGUGGUGAACGGGCGCUGGGCCGUAGACCCUCCGGGGGAAUACCAGGCGGGCGGUACUACCUUCACGUACGCCCGACCUAAAGCACAGGCGGAGGGAGAGGAAGACAGAGGAGAGUCCCUCAGGGCCCCUGGACCCACCAGAACACAGCUGCAGCUUUAUAUCAUUUUCCAUCAGCAAAACCCAGGCAUCGAUUAUGAGUUUUACAUCCCGGUGGAGAAGAAGGAGGGAGAGACGCCCAGGGAGAGGCAGCCAGCAAGGGCACCACUUCGUAGUCCUCUCACUGUGUCAAUAGAAGAGCCUCCUCCUGCCGCCCCUCCUCUUUCCAUGCCUUCUUUUCCCCCCUCCUCUUCUGUAUUUGCUCCCCCGUUGUCUUAUCACUGGAACGCCGAGAGGUCCCGACCCCGGGCCUCGGCGCCCAAUCGUAACGCUCGGAUCCCGCCUCGUACCGACUUGCCGCUGGACACUCAGCCGCCGUUCGUGUGGAGGAGAGGCGCGCUGUCGCAGUGUUCGGUUUCCUGUGGCAAAGUGUUGGAUUUGAGUCUCAUUUCAAAUGGUGUGAUGUUUCCCUCGUGUGGCCGCUGUGUGCAAGUACAACAACGUGACUCUCCACCCACCCCCCCACCCAUCAAAGGUCAUCAAUACCGAGAUGUCCUCUGCGUCGACCGCCAUACCGAUGAGGAAGUUCCCGAGAGGAAAUGUGACUCUGCAGCUAAACCUGUACCAGAGGAGGAGCCUUGCAAUGUCCACGCCUGUCCACCAUUUGACGAAGCCCCAUGUCCGCGCUCUCUGUCUUGUCGUGUUAGCUGGGAGGCGAGCGCUUGGUCGGAGUGCAGCGUGUCGUGCGGGCCCGGCGUGCAACAGCGUCAGCUCCAAUGCAGGCAGAGUUUUGGCAAUCGCUCCACCAUGGUCCACCCCCAGCGCUGUGCCAACCUCACCCCGCCAGAGUCCACACAGGCCUGCCAGCUGCCGCUGUGCUCCCACUGGGAGGUCGGCUCCGACUGGAGCACGUGCUCAGUGGACUGCGGCGUGGGAAAGAGGACGAGGAGCGUGCGUUGCGUGAGCGAUCAGGGCAGCGUGGUGAGCGACAUGGAGUGCAGCUCCAGGGUACGCCCACUCGGCAGCGAGGAAUGCAACAUGGGUCCUUGCGUGACCAACUGGUACUCCUCCGCUUGGUCCGGCACUUGCUCAGCGCAAUGUGGCCCUGGCGUGCAGAAGAGGGAGGUGGUGUGUCUGACGCGUGGUGGCGUCCGAGAGGGCGAGGGAGCUGGGGACUGUAUCGGGGAAAAACCGGCUGAGCUGAAGGCUUGCAACGGGGGUCCCUGUGUGUCGAUCACCAUGUGGUACAGUGGCCCAUGGACACAGUGCAAUGUUCUGUGCGGGAACGGAACCCAGCGACGGGACUUCAUUUGUGUCCAGAAGAUGGGCAAUGACUUUACAGUGGUGCCCUCCUCUGAAUGUGCUCAAAUGGAUAAACCGGCCGCCGUGCAGCAGUGUGACAUGGGAGACUGCCAUCCGCAGUGGUUCACAACAGAGUGGAGCGCGUGCUCACGCUCUUGCGGAAAGGGUCUACAGAUGAGGGAGGUACGGUGUCUAACAGCGGACAAAAAGCACAGCCAAAACUGUGACGUCAACAUCAAACCCGAACAGGAACAAGUCUGCAACACCAUACCCUGCAGUCCACAAGUCACAGAUGAGAAUUGCAGGGACAGACGGCACAACUGCGUGAUGGUGGUGCAGGCCAGGCUCUGCGUCUACUCCUACUACAAGACGGCGUGCUGCGCCUCGUGCACGCACAGUGCGCUGCGUGCCAAGAGACACUGACAGGCCAAUCGCAGGCAGCCCCGGUGUGCAAGAAGUUAAAGGUUGGGCCUCAGUAGCCCAAUCACCCCCCUAUUGAGUGACUGCUCUUUAGAAAUGGGAAGCCCAGAGUAGGCCAUCUACCUGUGGAGGCAUUCUGUCUAUAACAAUUAGUCAUAUAGCCUUCUUUUUCAGGUAAAAACACUGUGAAAGCAGCCAGUUCUUUCAGCAGUCAUUUAUAUUACCACAUUUUGCCUCUCUUUACUCACUGUGUUAGCCCAAGCGUAUAGGCCAAGUGAUUUCCACUCUUGCAGGCUCAUUUUUAAAAGGAUGGUGCUCAUAAAGUAUUACGGUUUUUUUUCAAGCAGCAUUUUUUUAAAGAUUCCUUUUCAUCUGAAAGAGACAGCAAGUCAUGCAUACCUCCAACUUUAAGUAGAAAACAUCGAUCAUGUAGGACUUAGUAGACUUGGUCCACUGUAUAUACUGUAUUUGUGUACAGAGCAGCUGCUCUACCAUGCAACCACAUUGGCCAACUAGUGAAGGAUUUUUGAUGUAUUUGUUUGCCCAAAAAAAUUCCUUUAAGUAUCCUUUUAUUGUUCAUUGCAGUUUAAAAGAAAAUAUAAACCAAAGGAGGAAGUGAAUGACCAAAUAUGUCUACAAAAAUGGACGGUAUGAAAUACUGUAUUAAACAUGCAAAAAGUUAAAUUGGUACCACAGUGAAGUGAAGCCAUACACCGUAAUUAAGUCAAGCCAAUUUAACAUGAUCAUUGUCAUUAAAUCACACGAUAUAUCAAAAUGAUAUUCACAGCGUCCAAUUUCAUCUAUCAGUCCAGUUAGCAGAAGUCUCAUUUUCAUUAUUCUAGUGAUUAUAUAUCCUAGUUCCACCUUGUCCUGACAGUAACUAUUUAGCACAAUGCUAUGAUCAACUGUAUAUACUGUAUGUGUGUGAGUACCCUCAUCAGUUUAAGCUCCUUUUUUCGUACCUCUCACAUAGUACAAAAUCAGCAUACACACUCCCACUCCUGAAGUGAGGGAUCUGUAUAUUAUGUAUGUUUUUAAUGUGUAUGAGAUGUUUUGAAUAUAGUAGGCGCUUAUAUUUUUUAACUGAGUAUAAUUGUUGUAGACUGAAUUUAUUCACAUCUAACUAUACGUAACUUUAAGAAGAGAAUCCGGAUGUCUGUUUUUGCAAUAAUUCACGUGCUUCCAAGAAAGUCAUCUUGUCCCCCUGUAGUGACAUUUUAGAUAUAUUAAAAGAGAAAGGAUAGUAAUUUAUCUGUAUCAAAAGAACAUGUAACUUAUUUUAUGGGGAUAUUUUUCUCUUGUAACCACUUGAUUUUAUGAGAACAAACACAUCUUUUCUUCCUCCACACACACACACCUUGUAGUACACAAAAAAUGUGACAAACUAACUAUCCCAGUGCUUAAAAAGUGAACUCAAUAAAACUGAAACAACGGAUGAA